AUGCUGGAGGCGCCCGACAGUUGCCCUGACAACGGCUACCUCGCGGCUCGUCUCCCGUCCAAGAUAGGUCUUUGUCAGAGCGGCUGUGAAGACUUGGCUCUCCUAGAGCUUCAGCGACAUCUGACCUUGGGGAUUCCAACUCACGGCUACAAUUUGGUGAGACUAUAUUUAGAGAUGAUCACUAUCAAAAUGAAGUUAAUUCAUUAUACUGAUUACAUCAUGAUCAUUCCCCACCCUGGAAGGAGACAGUCAGGAGAUAUGAGAGCUGUUACUGGUCCAUAUGAUGCAUAG